UGUCGAAUAGGUUAAGUUUUAUACUUAAAUUUUCAAAAUGUUAAAUUUUAUAUUAAAAAAAUGAGACUUUAUACAAUCCUGCAGCUGGGAAUUCUGUUGUCUAUAGCAUUAGUUAUAUUUUAUUUGUAUAGUAUAAGGUUAAUGAACAACAGAGACAGUAUUCUAGAAGAAGAUCCGGAGUUGUUUGAAAAUGAAGUUACUACAGAAAAAUUAUCAUUCACGAAAAACGAUAUUGUGGUGGCAGUUGUUGCUUGUGGCGAUAGACUCCAGGAAACUCUCAACAUGCUAAAAUCGGCUUUAAUGUUUAGUAAAGAAAGACUAAAUUUUGUUAUUGUGGCAGAAGAUAGAUUAAUAGAAAGUUUUAAAGAAAAGCUAGGAGAAUGGAAAUCGUUUACAAAUAACGGUUUCACAUUUAGGGUUCUGCCCCUCACUUUUCCUGCAGAUAAUCCUUUGGAAUGGAAAAAAUUGUUUAAACCCUGUGCCGCGCAAAGGCUAUUCUUGCCAAAUUUAUUAGAAAAUGUCGAUUCAGUUUUGUAUGUGGAUACUGAUACAUUAUUUUUAACACCCGUCGAGAAUGUUUGGGAGCAUUUCCAUAAAUUUAAUGCUAGCCAGAUGGCAGCGUUGGCCCCCGAACACGAAGAUCCAAACGUGGGGUGGUACAAUAGAUUCGCAAAACAUCCCUAUUAUGGAAAAUUGGGUGUCAAUUCUGGAGUUAUGUUAAUGAACUUAACAAGGAUGCGAGCUUUUCGAUGGAGGGAAUAUGUUGUCCCGAUUUAUAAGAAAUAUAAACUUAAAAUUACUUGGGGCGAUCAAGAUAUUAUCAAUAUUAUAUUUCAUUACCAUCCAGAUAAAUUGUACAUAUAUUCAUGCAGGUUCAAUUAUCGUCCUGAUCAUUGCAUGUAUACCAGCGUCUGCAAACCUGCCGAAUCUAAGGGGGUCGCUGUUAUCCAUGGGUCAAGGGGUUUUUUCCACUCGGAAAAGCAGCCAAUAUUCCAAGCUGUGUAUAAAUCAUUUGAAGAGUUCCAGCUAGGUGGAGACAUUUACAGAGAAUUUUAUCAGACGUUGGAGGUCUAUCUAGAAGCCGCUCAAAAUAACAAUUGCGGUAAUGUUAAAGAUAUCUUCCUGAAAAAUCUUAGAAAAUAUAUGGACCUCGAUUUUGACAAUACAUAAAAGUGAAUUAUAACCAAUUUAAACGAAUAAUAUGAUUGAAAAAGUAAAAAAUUCCAUGAUCUGUUUACAUUUUUGAUAGUAUUCACUUUAGAUCUGAUUAAUAAUUUUCUGGUGGUAGGUUUUGAUAUUAAGCCAAAGGAAAUGUAUUAUUAGAUGUAAUAUUUUAUUUAGGAAAAAAAGAUAUAAAUCUCUUAAUGUUCUGUCUUAGUAUUAUUAUAAGGUCUCUUUAUUUUUUUAUUCUUUUUGAUAUUUUUUUAUAUAUAUUUUAUGUUUUUAUAUUAUAUAAAUAUAAAUAUUAUAAAAAGACCUACUACCUAAAAAUUACAUCCUUAUUGAGUAUUUUAGUUAUGUUCGAUAUUGUAUUUACAGAAAAACACAUUUUGUAUUAAAAAGAAGCAUGAUCUCAUUUAGGAUCAAAUUAUUAGUACUUAGGAUAUGUUUACAUGUUUACCAUAUUAUUUUACAGAAUCUAUUUUAUUUAUGACAUGCUCUCAUGUACAUGUCUUAUGUGUAUUGUGUAUGCAUAAAUUUUAGAUAUAUGUGAUUAUCGACUAACAAAAUAAAACACUAGUAAUAAAUUACUGUGUACUCAAAAAAAAAAUGUUUUAGUGUUAACAAUGUUUAUAUCAUUGUGAUUAUGUUAAGAAAACUCGCUGCCAUAUACUUGUGCUUAAUUGUAAAAUAUAUACCUCUUCAAUGUGCAACGAAAUUUUGCUUGCAGUAUUUUCAUUGUGCUAAAUAAAUUAUUUUGUAUACUAUUUAUAUAUUUUUAUAACUGAACUAU